AUGCCAGGUGUACCAAGUCCAGGGCCAUCGCAAAGUGUGCCUACAACUAAACCCAAACGCUAUUCUUCACAACGACAGCAGCGCACAACACAACAGAUACCCGUUUCCAUGCAGCAAGCAAUGAUGUCACAAAUGGGGGCUGUCUACCCUGAUCAAGCUUAUUUUGAGCAACUAGGUGAGUUACUUCUUUAUACAGUUUUAACUCCUUUCAACAAAUACUCAAACUGAGAAUACUUAGUGGUUGCUUAUGGAAGGUGGUCAUUUACAAGUUAGAGUUGAACCACAGGGGUUCUUUUCCAAGAAGAUGCUCAGACACAUCUACUUCAUGGAAGAUAAUUUAUUGCAUACAAUUUCCAAGUUGCAAUAUGUCUAGUACCAUGUUGUCGCUAAAGUUAUUCGUAUACUCUAUGUAGCAUAGUAAAUACAGCUGACAUAGAGAUCAGACAAAGUGUCAAGUUGUUGCUUGCAAGAAGUUAAAAACAAUGGAAAGUUACUAAACCGUUAGCCCUGAAACAUUGCCACAGUUCCUUACAAGAGGUGGUUGUUUACAGGAUGUACGUUCCAAUUAUUAAGUUUUGAGUGGGAAAUUUUGGUGUUUUUGAUAGGUGGUUGCUUACUGGGAGGUUGUCACACAUGAAGGUUUGACUGUAAUCGGAAAUUUGCACUUUGUAGAGAUGAAACAACAAAAUUAUUUUAUUUUGAAAAAAAAGACUAAAUAAGUAAAUGAGGGAUUGUUAUGACAUCUUUUAAAACUCCCUUAUCUUUAGCAAAGCUCGGACUACUGUGACCUUCAGGCUUGUAAACUGAAUCAAAACUUUGCCCUUAGGAUAAGCCAGGUUUCGUAUUUUUAUCUUGCACUUUAAAGGCAAAGACUGAUAAUUAACACUUGUCGUUUCCAUUUUCUUCUUCACAGCCUAUCAAGGUUUGUAUGUUCCAGCAGGGACCCCUCCAGCACAACCUGUUGGUGUCCAUGUUCUGCAGGAACAACCAGAUGUCAUGCUGAGACAGGACAUGGCUGUUACACCUGGUAAGGACCCACAAGGAACCUGAUCCCAUGGCCUGUUUCUCGAAAGUACCUUCACUUUACAGGCACAAGUCUCUUUCUAAAGCCAAAAUCCAAAGAAUUUUAGUGCAGCUUCUCACUCCCUAUCCAAGUUAUUUGUUUUGCUAACUGAAAGUUGUAUUGCAUUACUCACAAAUUUAAACAACUUUCUGGACCAGGUAAUAUUAUUUCCAAGACCUUCUAAUAUGGACCCCAGAGGAGAAUCCCUUAAAACCAGUUAUUUUUGUUUCUAAGAAGUAGAAGUGGAUACUCUAGCAGUGGCGCAUUUCAAUUUGUAUUAAGUAUCAGUGAAUUUUCCAAUGCCAGGGUGCAAAGAAAGUCAGUUUUACAGCUUGCCAUUCAGGCAAGCUGUAGUUAGCAUGUACUAGCGCUUAAGUCUAUGGUGAGCAGGGUUGAUAACAGUUCUUUUGUGAUUAGAAUUCCUUUGCCAGGUGGGCAAGUUAAGAACAGAAUUCACUAGCCGGAUAGUAAAAUCCACAAGCCCCGGGCUAUCAGACACGACUUUCUUUGCAUGCUGAAUGCAGACAUUCUUUAGGCAUAGUCUUUUGCACUUGACACCUAACAGGCUACAACCUCAGACAAACUUUCAAGGCAGUUCCAUCUCUUGAGCAUCUGAUAAUAGUUACCAAUCCAAAUUUUAUUUGGAUUUUAAUUUCAUUGCCUGUGAUAAGAUGAAAACUCACCUCUGUGUAAUCUUAUAGGAGACCGGCCUGAAAUGGCUGCAGGGAUGCCAAUGGCUAACCCCAGUCCGCAGCCAAUGGGUGCUCUUCAGCAUGAGACCAUGAUGCAACAACAACUAGCAGCAGCAGCAGCAGCUGUGGCAGCUCAACAGAGUGUCGCCCCUGAGGGUGUGGCCGCCCCCAGAGUUCCACAACCUGCUUUGAACCCUCAACAACAACAAGUUUUAGCAGCACAUUUACAAAUGCAGGCUCAGCAAGGUUUUGUACAGUGUUAUGUGUUAUUAACCAAGGUUAUUUACCAUUUCCGGAAAAUCCGGUUGGAAAGUAAAUAGAACACAACUUUGAAGUCUUUCCAUGGGAAAAUUUCCGGGAACAAUGGAACGUCUGAAAAGGUAGUCCAUUUUUCUGGAAGGAAUGUGCCAAACAGAAAUUCACGUUCUAUUAAUUAUUCUUCAAAGCAUAUUUGUUACCAGUCUUAGGCCUUCGAGGCCAUUUUCAGGUAAAUGGAACAGAUUUGUACAAAUGGUAGACAGGAUUGCAGGAUGAAAUUUACUAUUCUUGAAUUUUAUUUAUCAUUCACCCAAACCAGAACUGACCGGUUUGCCCAUGUUAUUUGGAAAACAACCCAAGUGUGAGGUCAAGGUGGCCGAACACUGGCCAAGUUCUUUCUUGCGCAUUUAUGGACUGUGAUGAAGUAAAUACAAGGGCAAUAAUUGAUUAAUAAUUAAGUUUUAAAUUUAUUAUUAUUAAACACAAAUAAGAACGAGGCCAAUAUCAAGUUAUCUUGGCGGACAAGCUUGCCAAUAUGGGAUUUAUUAUACGAUCAAAAAGGUAACUUUUUUGUGGACCAAUUCCGGUAAUGCUGAACUAGUACAAUAAGCCCAUCUUACCUGCUCAGGUAACCAAUCACAACACAGCAUUCACUUCAUCUUGCGCACUCGCCAUUUCUGCCAUGUAAUAAUAAUUUUAUUAGUAUUGCUGACGUAUGUGAGUGAGACGCCACAUGUUAUCAUAUAUUGUAAGCAAGUGAAAGUUUCUUAAACUUCGUCACCAACAAAUGAGUUUGGGGAGAAGUGAGAGACCCAAAAACUACUGGUUAAAUUAUUAUUUUUUUUCUUUAGGUAUACAAGCUGCUCAGCUAGGCCCAGUCCCCCAGCCCAACAUGGUGACAUCAGCUGGUUAUGUUCCCAAUUACACUGGGGUCCAGUCCUUUGCAGGCCAGCCGAUGAUGUACAAUAAUUCACAGUGAGUCAAUUGCUAGCAGUUAGAUGUAGUCCCCUCGCUUGUGCAUUUAGUACCUUUCUUGAAAUGUAACGGUCUAUAGAGAACAGAACUAAGAUGAUAAGGGACGGACCAGUUUUUUUUUACCGGGGAGGGGGGAGUUGGAAAAUGUUGACAUAAAUUGUUUGCAGAGGCUGUAAACACUGAAAUAAAUUGUAUGCAAGAAAAAAAAAGUGUUUGCAGGAAGACGAAAGCACACAAAAAAAUUGUUUGCGGCAGGAGAACCCCCCCCCCCCCAAAAAAAAAAAAAGGACCCCCCCCCCCCAUAAAAAAAAGAAUGGUCCGUCCUUAAUGCGAUGCACAGCCAAACACUACACUCUAAGCUUACAUCUUUUAAUAAAAUCACAUGUGCUUACAUCUGAGCAAGCAUAAUAUUAUAUGCAUGCCGUGACCCAACUAGCCCCAUGAAAUCACAAUGUGGAGGCAGGUGGCCCAAAAACGCGAUAAAACAACAACUUGUUAAACUUCCUUGUAGGUCUCUUUACUCGUUAAAUAAUCCUUAGGUCUUGGACCAUUCAGUAAUUUUAUGACAUUUGAGGACACUGAUUAAACGUGAAUUUCUUUGUAUUUUCCUCUUGAAAAUUCAAACUGUGUAAGGUUAUCGUAGUUGAGCUAUUGCGGCUGUGCUACGUGACUGCACGAUGCAGUUCAGUAAUUCGUGUGUUCAUUUGAGAUAAUGCGACUGUGCAAUGCGGUGGUUAUGUCAACCCACAAAUGACCUGCUCAUCACUAGAGUUCUCAUUAGCUCAGUGGUUAGAGCAUCUGACUAGCGUCUGGAAGGUCGUGGGUCAAAUUCCCAUCUGGAACUCAGAAGUUUUUUUUGUGUUCUUCUCUCUACUCUUAUCAUUCAAGUUAUUGGUUGUGCUUUUCCUUUCAGAUUUCCAAUGAUGAAUGUGGGGAUGAAUCCGUUCUUGGGUCAACAAGUGAGUUACGUCAGCAAUUUAUCUUCUGCUUAUGUGUAUUACAUUUUCAAGUAAUAUCACAGAUAGAAUGUACCAUGUGGGCAAAUCUUUUACCUGGUUUGAUAACAUGGUGGCAUUAGCUAUGCGAGCAGAAUUUUGUUUCAAACUGUAGUCUAUUUCUUUCAUGUUCUUUGUGAAAUUUAGGAGCCUUGUAAUAUUUGAGUCUGGAUGAAUUCUUAUCGUGGUACCAUUUAAAUGAAACUUAGUUGUACUUUAUGCGUAGUGGUCUUUUUUCAAAGUGUCAUGCAAAAUAAAAUUCGUGGUUUAAUUCGAUUUUGAGUACCCAUUUCCCCAUAGUAGGCCACAGUUGUUUUUAUGUCAAUGUCCAAAAAAUUAACCCCUAAGUAAUGACCCUAGCCAAUCACAGCACACUUGGAAUUCAAAUGGACCAAUCAGGUGUAACCGUUAUGUCGCCGCUGCUAAGCGCGGGAAAACACGCGUAAGCAGGUCACAUGAUCCGUUUAAAUUUUACGUCUGAUUGGUGGAGACAGCGACGCAACGUGUUUCAGCUAAUCACAAGCGUAGUAAUGUAAAACCAAAGCAGUUACAAAAUUGUGCUUUUCAUUUAGUUGAAAAUCGCAUUGUACUAACAGUGUCGUAUUUUUGUGCCUAGAUGUAUGGUAUGCCCAUGCAAGGGGGAGGUACAUUUUAUCCGCCACCAGCCGCACUAAUGCAACAACAACAGCAACCCCAACAGUCGCAAGCUGAAUCGUCGCAACAACCACAUACAAGACGGCGGCCAACAGCUGCGAUACCCAUCAAACCACCGCAGGUGGGUGUUGAUUGA